AUGUCGAUACCAAAGUCCUCGAGGGACCUUCUGGGUCUGUCGCGCCAGUUGGCGAAGCACUGCUCUUCCCGGCAUCCCCGUCGAGCUGUCCCGCACCCUCAUCCUCUACCACCGUCGUCGCCCGCUGCUCGAAGGACCGUCGCGACCUACACGGCCCCGCACCAAGCGAAUGCCAUCUCGGUCAUACAGAGCAACGUGGACGCGUCGUCGGACGAGUUCAAGGAGAAUGAGCGGCUCAUGGGCGAGGCCAUGGCCCGCCUGGAGAAGCUGACGCGGGCCGCGCAACAGGGCGGCUCGGCGAAGGCGCGGGACAAGCACAUUGCGCGGAAGAAGAUGCUGCCGCGGGACCGCGUCACGGUCUUGGUCGAUCCUAGGACCACGUUCAUGGAGCUGUCGCCCCUAGCGGGCCACGAGCUCUACCCGGAUGCAGACGUGCCCGCUGGGGGUAUCAUCACGGGCGUAGGUGUGGUUGAGGGUGUUACGUGCGUGAUUGUCGCGAAUGAUAGCACGGUCAAGGGCGGGACGUACUAUCCCAUUACUGUCAAGAAGCACUUGAGGGCGCAGGCGGUGGCGCAAGAGAACAAACUCCCGUGCAUAUACCUCGUGGAUUCAGGAGGCGCCAACCUACCACAUCAGUCGGACGUCUUCCCGGACCGCGACCACUUCGGCCGCAUAUUCUACAACCAGGCGAGGAUGAGCGCCGAAGGGAUCCCUCAGGUCUCCGUGGUUAUGGGACUUUGCACAGCAGGUGGCGCCUACGUACCAGCCAUGAGUGACGAGAACAUCAUUGUGGAGGGCCAGGGGCACAUCUUCCUCGCUGGACCCCCACUUGUGAAAGCAGCCACAGGAGAGGAAGUAUCUGCCGAAGAGCUGGGCGGUGGCGCCAUGCAUACCUCUGUCUCAGGGGUAUCUGACUACCUGGCCGUUGACGACGCACACGCAAUCGUACUCGCGAGACGCUGCAUCAGCAACCUGAACUGGCCGGACAAGGCCUCACCUCCUACCUUCGCAGAGCCCCUAUACCCCCCUUCAGAACUCCUUGGCAUUGCCUCGACCAACCUUCGCAAGCCCCUGCCAAUCCACGAGGUGAUCGCACGUAUUGUAGACGGCUCACACUUCGCCGAGUUCAAGCGCGACUACGGCGCAACUCUCGUGACCGGGUUUGCACACAUAUAUGGACAACGGGUUGGCAUCGUGGCUAACAAUGGCAUCCUCUUUGGCACAUCCGCUCAGAAGGGCGCGCACUUCAUCGAGCUGUGCGCGCAACGCGGCAUCCCUCUCGUCUUCCUGCAGAACAUCAGCGGUUUCAUGGUCGGCGCGCAGGCAGAACGCGAGGGUAUCGCGAAGCACGGCGCCAAGCUCGUCACGGCGGUCGCCUGCGCCGACGUCCCCAAGUUCACCGUCGUCGUGGGCGGUAGCUAUGGCGCCGGCAACUACGGCAUGUGCGGACGUGCCUACAGUCCGCGCUUCCUGUGGAUGUGGCCCAAUGCCCGCGUGGGCGUCAUGGGAGGCGAGCAGCUUGCUAAUGUCAUGGAGACCGUCGGACAGAAGGCGGACCCGGAGCUGAGGGAUCGCAUUGAGCGCGAGAGCGAUGCUGUGUAUUCCUCUGCGAGACUAUGGGACGACGGUGUGAUCCCACCGCAGCACACGCGGCGAUACCUCGGGUUGGGACUCAAAGCUGCCAUGUCGGGGCGGAACGAGGUCAAGCCUGGUGAUACCAGAUUUGGGGUGUUCCGGAUGUAG